AUGUUUCCCGGAUACCGAUUCACAGGAAACUCUUCUACGGACGCCCCCAUAACUGAACCAACUCCAGACACACAGAAUGUAAGCCAAAAGGAGUCUACCACAGAAGCACCCUUACCCGGUACUCUAAGUCAGGGUGUGUGUGAAAUCGACAUUCCGCCACGCACGUAUCGGCAGAAGAUUGACCUAGUACACUACUUUAAAGAUGGCCAAACCACCCGGUUCCAGUACUUCCGUCGACUGUUUUACGUCUUUGUCUUCCCUAAUAUCGUCCUGAUCGGUAUCCAAUCUUCGGCUGCACCGCGGGGAUUGUUUCCUUCAACACCAUUUCCGAAAUCAUGA